AUGGCACCUAAAGGAGUGGCGAUUGGCAUUGACCUGGGCACCACCUACUCCUGUGUGGGGGUCUUCCAGCAUGGCAAGGUGGAGAUCAUCGCCAACGACCAGGGGAAUCGCACCACCCCCAGCUACGUGGCCUUCACUGACACCGAGAGACUGUGGCCUUUCCAGGUGGUGAGCGAAGGAGGAAAGCCCAAGGAUGCCGGGGUGAUCGCUGGGAUCAAUGUGGUAAAAGCCACAGCGGGGGAUACUCAUCUAGGUGGGGAGGACUUUGACAACCGCAUGGUUAACCAUUUUGUAGAGGAAUUCAAGCGCAAGCACAAAAAGCUGGACAAAUCACAGAUUCAUGAAAUUGUCCUGGUGGGGGGCUCUACACGUAUUCCCAAAGACAAGAGUACCGGCAAACAAAAUAAGAUAACAAUUACAAACGAUAAAGGUCGUCUGAGCAAAGAGGAUAUUGAGAAGAUGGUGCAAGACGCAGAGAAAUACAAAGCUGAUGAUGAUGCACAGCGAGAGAAAAUUGCUGCCAAGAACUCUCUAGAAUCUUAUGCCUUCAAUAUUAAGAGCAUGGUGGAAGAUGAGAACAUGAAAGGCAAAAUAAGUGAAGAAGAGAAAAGGUCCAUCUCUGAGAAGUGUAAAGAGACCAUUGCUUGGCUGGAGAACAACCAACUAGCAGAGAAAGAGGAGUACACCCAUAAGCAAGAAGGAGCUGGAGAAGGUGUGCCAACCCAUCAUUACCAAGUUGUACCAGGGAGACAUGCCAGGCCUAGCUGUGGUGCCCAAGCCAGGCAAGGCAAACAGCUCAGGACCUACAAUUGA